AAAAUUGCUCAGGCAGAGGCUCUUGACGCGCGCUGCUUCACAACUGGAGAAGAGAAUCACGCAGCAACAUGAAAAAAAGAUCAAGAAGCUGGACCUCAUCACACACUUCAAAUCAACGAAUACCUCAAAUCUAGACGCCGUUGUAACUGAUCGAGAGACUUAUGAGGAGGUUACAGCGCGCACGAAUCUUGACGUUGACGUGGCAGCGCGAGACGCGACCCGGCCGCAGUUUCUGUCAGAGCAGGAGC